CGUACGAGCAAGCGCAACGUGAAAUGACGUACUCACUAUCAAACUGCUGUGAUAAAUACAUGUGCUUACGUGGACAAUAAGAUCGUGAAAGAUUGAAUACUGUGAAAUAUCGUUGAGAAGAUUUGAAAAAACAGUUGAGACCACGUGUUCAUCCUCUCUCUUAAUGUCAGUGCCAGCGUGUACUCCGACAUUAUUGUGAACAUGAGCAGUACACCGCGUAAAGUGAAAAACCCGUUGUUGACUGCUGCUGGUCCGGGAUUUCCUUUCGAUAAUUAUACGGAAAACGCAUUGUUGAUGCCAGUCACACCCGCAACGCCAGCCGUGCUUCGAGAUGAUGCCGAACUCGAUAACUUCAUAGGUCAAGAGUCAGUGAAUGUUCAAUCUCAAACUCCAUCAAGGCUGUCUGAGAAUUCUACGAGUGUGUUUCCGCCGCCAAGGGAGAUCAAGGAUACGACAAAUCAGCCAACGAAACCGGGAUAUUUCACAUCAAUCUUUUCUUCCAUACCGUCGUUGUCAUCAACUAAAACCAACUCUUCGGGAUUGCAAAUAAGUCAGGCAUCUGAGAAUACUAGCGGAGCGACACACAAUCCUUACAUAUUGUCGCAAAGAGAUCAGAGUUCUGAGUCGGAAAUACCAAGAUUCUUAGCGACUAAUCCUCAGGAUUUUCGAAAUACAAACUCGUCAGAGUCUGCUGCUUUCGGUUCCACUGGUACGAUACCCAAUCGUCCGCUACCUACAGUUCCACCUAGUUUAUCUCAGCCUGCACACGUGCCCAUUUCCUAUCGGCUCGGUAAUCGACGCAUGAAGUAUGCACCUCCGCCCGAUCUAACGUCGAACAACGCGAAGCCAUAUUCGAACCCGGCGGUACAGACGUUCUUUCCUAAUCAAAAUGUGUCCGCGUCGCCAAGCAUCUUGAAUCCAUAUCAGUCAGAUGGAUCACAAGAUAGCAGCUCUAGCGUACAGCAGCCCAAUUCCUCGCUUGAGAAAAGUCUGACACUUGAGCGGAAUAUUUCUCCUUAUAGCUCAUUUCGAUCCAGUCCAGUCGCAGGAGUGGUACAUAAUCCGUCUACAAAUCCGUUCGCAAAUCAGAAUCCAUUUUCUGACAAUUUUUCCACACCUACGCAAAUUGCUUCUAAAUCGUUAUCUAGAGCAAUACCUCCACGCGCACCGGAGCCUGCAACGCCACAGAAUACUCCGGCGAACGUUUCGUUUCCUGGCCUCUCGCCGAGCCAAGAUCUCUUACCAAUUUUGCCUAAUUCAGACAAACCGGAAGCUGCGCUUAAAGCACCUAAUCAGCUAAAUUUGCCAGAAGAAGUUUCGAAAAACAAUACUUUCGACACGUCUGUAGAAUCUGUGAUUAAACCAACAUUGAUAUCAGGCGAGAUCGAGACGACAUUUGCGCCAAUAUCAGCUGCGAAGGUGACAGAGAAAUUGGAACAUUUGCUUGUAGAACAGAAGGAAGAUCCUUCUGGCGAAGCAACCUCCAGAGCUUCUUUGGAAGUUAUUAAUAAAAUUACAUCCGCUGCUGAAUCAGCGAAAUCUUUGAAACCACAGAGCGAGACAUUGCAGGCUACGAAUGAGUCUAUCGAUAAAUUAUACGAGAUAAAGUUAAACGAUACCGAAGUGAAAACAGCUCAAUCUGGAAGUGAUACUUGGAGUGACGUGUUUCUUGGGCAAGAGCCAGCGACGCAAUCAGUGACCUCCUCGGAAGUACACACAGCUGAUAACAAUUCAGUUUUAACAGAUACUAAAGCAGAUAAGUCGGACGCACAUCCGUCUCGACAACUUUACCAAGCGCCACCGAUAUUUGCAUCGAUUUCCGCUUUCGAUGUAAAACCUGCAGAUCAAAAAUCGAGUUUAAAUUACGUACCUCCCAUCCCACUUUCGCAACAAACCAAUUUCUAUCCUCCUCCGCCGCAGUCCGCAACUGCGUUUGUUGAGGCGCACUGUGUGUCUGCACCAAAAGCGGACCAAUUUUCGAAUCCUUCGUAUCAGGAUAAAAAUGCGAGUUUUGACCAAACGGUAAUUGAUGCGGCAAAAAAUCAGUUACAAGAAACAUCUGCAUUUAACUCUAAAGCGAUUGUCUCCACGAGCUCGAUUCCAAUCGACUCAACGGCUUGUAUGUCAGUUUGGAGUGCCGAUCAAUCUUCUCAGCAGCAGGUAUUAAACAGUGCAUCCAAUCAAUCGGCGUACAGCAGUCAGAUAUAUACUGCGCCCAGCCAACCACCACAACCGCCACCGAUAUUUUAUAACCCAACUCAAUUUGCGAAUGAACUUCCUACACAAUCGGCUUUUCCACAAACGUACAACCAACAUUCUCCUCAACAACAAUCGUAUCAAAAUCCGCAUUUUUACGGGAGUACCAGUGGACAGCAGCAAUUCUACACUACUCCUGAAAAUAAUUCCGCAUAUCCUUCUGCCGUCUCGAUGGCAACGACAGUGCCUGAACCGACUGGAUCAGCCACACUCAAUCCUGUUCAAAUGUCGGUUAAUUCACCGACUAAUCGCAGCACGCCGGAUACUGUCCCACCAAGUUUCCAAAAUUGGGCCUCUGGAUCUUCCGAUAAGUGUAUGCAAUAUAGACCGAUAUACCAUCAUUGGUUCUAUCGCAAGGAAGUGGAGAGCAAAACGCUAUGGCUUCCGUUCUCCAUGCAGGAUAGCUUAAAGUUAGAAAAUGCUCACAAUUCCAGCGAUAUUACGCCUGAAACAAUAGUGGCUACUGAUGGCGGCCGUUAUGAUGUUGAUAUCUUGCGCCGUCAAAGAGUGCCCGUUUACUGGACCGGCGCAUCCAGUGAAGUUAGACGAUGUUCUUGGUUUUUCAAAGGAGCAACCGAAUCAAGAUAUGUUCCUUACAACGAGACCACCGCUGCAAAACUCGAGGAGGAGUACAAGCAGGCAUGCCUCACGAAUAAUUGGAACCGAAAAAUUGAACUGAAUAACGGAGAGUACAUUGUCUUCCACAGCGCUACAGUUCAGGUUCAUUAUUUGCAACCGACGUCUCCCGAGUUGGCAGGAUCUUGGGGAAAUAGCGCGGGCUCAGAGGACAGUACAUAUUUACAGGGUGCUACAAGUAGACCUAGAGUCGUUAAAAGAGGAGUGGAUGAAUUCCACAUAGAGGAGGGUGAGCCCGAAAAAGUGGAUCAUCUUCUAUUCCUUGUUCACGGUAUAGGUAGCGUGUGUGAUUUGAAAUUCCGCACUGUAGAAGAAGUUGUUGAUGAAUUUCGAAGCAUUUCACUUCAACUGGUGCAGUCUCAUUAUCGCACAGCGAGUGAGCAAGGAAUUGUUAGCAGGAUAGAAGUUCUGCCAAUUUCUUGGCACACGACGCUUCAUUCCGACGAUACGGGGAUCGACAAGAAGCUGCAAGCUAUCACGUUGGAAAGUAUUCCAAAGUUACGGCAUUUUACCAAUGAUACCUUGCUUGAUGUACUUUUCUACACCAGUCCUACGUACUGUCAGACCAUUAUGCACACUGUUGGAAGCGAGAUGAACAGAUUGCAUGCGUUAUUCAAAGACAGAAAUCCCAGCUUUGACGGAGGAAUAUACUUAGGUGGUCAUUCGUUGGGUAGUUUAAUCAUGUUUGAUCUAUUGUGCCAUCAAAAUCCCGUUCAGGAAGAAGAUGAAGAUGAAAAGAGAAACGAUGAUGACGUUGGUAGCGAUAAAGGAGGUGAAGAUGACAGUAUUGGACCGAUUCGGCCAAUGCCUACGUCUAUUCUUAAAAGGCGCCUUAGUAGGAAAAUCAGUUACGUAAUGGGCAUUGCAGGCACUGGUCAACCUUACAUACAUUAUCCGCAACUCAAUUUUCACCCACGUGCCUUCUUUGCUUUCGGCAGUCCGAUCGGCAUGUUUGUAACGGUUCGAGGCAUCGACACUCUCGGAGAAAACUUUAUUCUACCAACUUGUCCGGCUUUCUUCAAUAUCUUUCAUCCGUUCGAUCCGGUAGCUUACAGAGUGGAGUCUUUGAUUAAUCCUGAAGCUUCCAAGUAUCGACCUAUGUUGAUACCACAUCACAAAGGCAGAAAAAGAAUGCAUUUGGAAUUGAAGGAGACGAUGGCACGUGUCGGAGCAGAUUUGAAACAAAAAAUAUUUGAUUCUGUGAAACACACGUGGAACACUUUCUAUCAACUAACAUUAUUUCACAAACCGGACAAUCAAGCUCUGGAACGCGAAAUUGAUAAAGUUGUCGAGGAACAAUUACAGAAAACGCCGAACGUAUCAGAUCAACAAAACAACGAUGACGGUGGUGCUGACUUAAAAAUAGGACAGCUCAAUGGUGGACGAAGGAUAGAUUAUGUUCUUCAAGAAGCGCCUUUUGAAUAUAUCAACGAAUAUAUUUUUGCUCUGACAAGUCAUAUCUGCUAUUGGGAAUCUGAGGAUACUAUGCUCUUGAUACUAAAGGAAAUAUAUGGAUCCAGAGGUAUCCAGACUGACGCUCAACUUCCUCAGCAGACCAUGUCAAUCGAGAGAGUAUCUCCUUCGCCGUCUUUGUAUUCAGCCUUAUCAGUCAGUAAUAGCAACGUAGGAACACCGUCUGUUCCCGUUGCGAUGGGAAUAGAUCCUACGAUGCCUAUGACCGGCAAACCCGUCGGCCCACCACCCAAGACUGGUUUUGUACCGAAAUCAUGAUCGAUAGGAUAUCUUUCUCACAACUACGUGCCACGUGAUUAAUUAAAUCGCGUUAAAGGAAAUUUAAUUUUGUUUUUGAUUCAAAAUAAGGAAAAGAGUGGACAAUUAAUGCUAAUAUUGCACUUAACGUUCUAAAAGAAACAAAUAGGAUGCAGACAAAUCAAAUUUUGUAUUUUACAGUAUCAUUCUACUAUUCUUAAUUUUAUCACAAACCAUUAUUUAUAAUAUAUGUGUAUGAAAUAGUAAUUGUACUAUUAUAAAAUCGGCCUUUAUGAUUCUCUUCUUAUUAAUAAAUUUUAGUUUGUAGCAAAUCAAUUAUUAGCUGUAAAUGAAAAAAUAUGUAUUAUAAUUCAAUUUAUUAGUACGUGCAAGCGAUUGGCCAUCUUCUAUUACAAUUUAUAUUUAUUUGCGUAUAUCUAUAUUCGUAUAUAUUUUCAAUAUAUAACAUUCAAUAUAUUAUUGACAUUUAGGCUGUGUGUAAUUGUGGUUUUGUGAAUGGAGAUAUGUACGUGUGGAAUGUUAAAUAGAAAAGAUAAAAAUACUGGGACGAGAACGUGUAAAUGAAAUAACAUGUAAAUAUACGGUUCGUAAUUGAAUAAAGAUAUAAUAGAUUAUAAAUUUUUCUAAUUCGCUAUAUAGCAAAUUAUAAAAAAUACUAACUUUGACUCUCGUGUAUGCGCGUAUUUUAAUAAAUUACUAUAUUCUUUUA